AACUGCCAUGAAAGGGUUGCUGAUAACUAGCGUCACAUUCCAUUAACUACAUUUUACUGGCGUGACAGUAAAAUUGCUUUUUGUUAUAACAAGGUUUCGUUAUAUCGAGGUUAUUUUCCAUAUAUUUUACUACUACUGGGGUUAAAAGAAAAUCCUUCAUUAUAUUGAGGACUUCAUUAUAUCAAGGUUCUACUGUUCUGCAAUGACUCUUAUUUCAGAGCUGUGGCUAAAUUUUCAAGUCGCGGGGUAAAUGCAAUUAGUAGAAGGGGAAUUGUACUGAGCUAGGAAUUAGUUCUUUUGGUUCUGUUUCCUUUUUGUUUCCUAUAAGAGAAGCCAGGGCUCAUGCACAUAGUACCCAGGUAAAAUCCCCAGCCCCCCCUGGCUCAUAGUGAUGUCCAGCCCUGUAUCUUCCAGUGAACUUACACCUUAUGCAAAUCUGUGUCUUACAAUUUAUUAUCUUUUACACAAGAUGUUCUCAGGUUUUGAUUGGUUUGUAUUAAUCUGUCAGCUAAUAAUUCAGCUUGCUUAUGAUGUGGAGAAUGAAACAAUGUUAUGCAAUAUUGGAUUAUGUAUUAACAUUACCGAUCUCAGCAUUUAAUGACACUCUUAUUGGUCUUCAUUACUAUAAUAGAAAGAAAUUAUGCCCUUUUUUCAGGAAACCCUUAAUUUAUUAUUAAUAAUUAUUAUUAUAAAGCUGAUGUAAAGGGAUGUAUAUUUUUAACUGCUUAUCUAAAUAAAAUAUGAAAAUAAUUAAUUUUUUUGUUAACUGAGGUUGAAACUUAUGAGAAGUACAAGCAUGUAAUUGUGAUAACUGCAGUGAUUAACUGGUCAUAUUAAGUUUUUCAUUUUUUUUGUUUUCCCUAUAACAGAUGAAGGAUUCCAUCUUAAGCAUGAGACAGCAAUGUUGUUGUCCAUGGCUAACAGAGGUCCAAACACUAAUGGUUCUCAGUUUUUUAUGUAAGUAUUUGAUCUUUUAAGAGAUAGAAAGCACCCUAUAAAUUUGAAACCAAGUAUAAAAUUCCACUGCAUCAUGCAUGUAGAUGUGUAGUGUAAGUCAGGUCCUGAUCACUCAAAGAUUGGAUACAAGUCAUGUGGUGCUAUCCACUGUAUAAAUUAAUUAUCGCUAUGGAGUGGUUAUAGUGUCAUGAAAUCCAAUUGCCUUGCUUUUCUAAUUUACCUGAUGAAUAGCAUUACCCACCUUCUGAGCAACUGGGCACUGUUAACUUAAUUACACUGACAAAAAUGGUUCGGUUCUUUUUUGAAUUUCCUGCUGUUGUCUAAUUUUCCCCGUCUUUAAUUCUCAACUCCUUCCUUUUCUCAAGGCCCCAGGUUCAAGUUUAAAAGGUGGUUUAUGUACUUCAAUGUAUCAACUUGAUAAUAUUAAUCUCUAAUCCAGUCGUUGAUCCAGUUGUUUUCCCUAAUUAAUGUUUAUCCACUGGAUAUUAAUUUAUCUGCUAAAUAUCACCUGAUCCAAGGAGUGAACAACUUGGGUCAGAUUUCAGGUCUUCCAAGGUAAAAUGGCAUCUCUGUGAUACAUAACAAUAUUGUAGUGUGAAUAAAGACAAAGUUUUAAUGUUUUAAGUUUUUAUAGUGUGUUUAUUUUGCUUUUCACAGAACAACUCAGCCUGCCCCACAUCUUGAUGGGUAAGUUUUCUUUUAACUUGAUUCAGCUGUUCUUACUGAUAGAAAGGAAAUUUCUGUUAGCAUUAUGACAUUAUUGGUACAGACAAGACAGUGUUUCACAUGGUUUCAUUUUUUCAAUUUCAGUACACAAAUAUAAAAAAGGGCAUCAAAUUUUGCGAUAUUAUUUUUCAAACAUCUGAAUUUUUAAAAGAUAUCAAGAUAAACUGUAACAAACAAAAUGGAUAUUAACAUUAUUCCACAACAGAUUAAAAAUUACCAGUAAAACCAGUUAAUAAUUUGUUGUCGAUACACCUAGGCUCUACAGUAGAAACAGUUGUUGUUAUUAAAUCUUAAAAUCGUUUUUAUAUGAUUUGAAUUUUCUGUGGGUAUCAAAUAUUAAAAUUUUUUGCAUGUUAUCAUUUUGUGAGGAUAUUUUAUUCGCUCAAACAAAUUGCGUGAAAUAAAAAAAAUGCGAAAUUAAGUAAUGACAUUGUACAUGACUUGUGUACAUAUGCAUUAUUCUUUGUUGCAGUGCCACUCAAAAGCAAGUCACAGAUCAAUGAUUACCCACACUUCAAUUGUUUCUCUUGCUUAUAUUGUGGCAUAUUCUUGUUUUAUUUCUAGCAUUCAUGUGAUAUUUGGCCAUGUAUUGCAAGGUCAGGAAAUAGUAUCAGAGAUAGAGAUUCAAAGAGUUGAUGACAAGAGUAGGCCCCUAGUGGAUGUAAAGAUUAUCAACUGUGGUGAACUUAUUCCAAAAGCAAAGGCUAAAGGUACAGGAUAUGUUUCCACUGACUAAAUUUAUGUACAGGGCUCAGUGCUCUAGCAGCAGUGCUGCCUGCUGACCCCUGGCAUCAUACUUUAGCUCUUAGGUGAUGUCUUACUGUUAUUUGUUAACUUUCAGCUGCAGAGAAGAAGGCUGAAAAGAAAAGAAGGAAAUCUAAGCGACAUUCUGACAGCAGCUCCUCAGAUACUGACUCUUCAUCCAGUUCUGGAUCAGAAUCAGACAGUGAUCAGUCAUCAAUUGAUGAGCGGACGCAUAAAAAAGAAAAGAAGAAAAACGAUGAGUGAAUCUGUAAAACACAAGGAGAAGAAGAAAGCAAAGAAGAAAAAGAAAGAGAUAAAAGACAGGUAAGUGGCUGUAACUACACCACAAAUACAUCAAUACACAAACAUUUAAUAAAUACAUACAAAAAAUGCAAAUAUGAUAAAAAUGAAUACUGUGACUAAAAUAAUUAAUGACUUAAUUAAAACAUGAAUGCAUAUACAUAUAAUUUCAAAAAUUAACAUUGUUCGCAAAAAGUACAUCAUUCAAUAAUUCAUUCAUUACACUAAAAUGACAACAUGUACAUGUAGAUAGAUUUAGUUGAGUAGCAAAAAGCACUGAUAGAGCCACUGUGCCGAGUGCAGAGCAUAACCAUGGCAACCAACAUGUUGAAUUUCAAAGAAAUUGAGUGAGUAAGGGCAAGUCAAAGGGGUCAAAGGGGUCAAAGAGGUCAAAGAGGUGAAAGAGGUUAGGGAGAAAGUAGCCUGUCGUAGGAAGCCUUUUUUUGUGGUUUCAGAGUAAAGAAAGACGAGGGAAUGACAUGGAACAGGAUUUUUGGUUUUGGCCGAAGCAAAAAUGGAACAAGAGCAAACUCUUGCUAUGCAGGCUAGGGAGAAAGAAGAGAUCACAAUAUAAAUGUAUUAUUUUUUCUCUCUCCCCAACCCCCCCCCCCCCUAAAAAUAAGACAGUCAAAUUUGUUCUGACACUUUCUUAAGAUUCUAAAACUUUGUGCGAUGUCUUCAGGCUCCAUAUCAUGCUGCUCUCUGAGGUGGUUUCCGAUUGCCGAUCCUUUGUGUUCUUCAAUUUGUUACUGGCCAAUGCUAUGGCUCGUACUAGCCUGCUUAAGACAACAAGGCCGUAAAGUUCUACGCUAGAAUACAAUGCAUCUUAGAGCUUGCUCUGAACUUGACAACUUGACUAGACACAAUUGCUCUAUUGAAAAAGAACUGCCAUGAAAGGGUUGCUGAUAACUAGCGUCACAUUCCAUUAACUACAUUUUACUGGCGUGACAGUAAAAUUGCUUUUUGUUAUAACAAGGUUUCGUUAUAUCGAGGUUAUUUUCCAUAUAUUUUACUACUACUGGGGUUAAAAGAAAAUCCUUCAUUAUAUUGAGGACUUCAUUAUAUCAAGGUUCUACUGUUCUGCAAUGACUCUUAUUUCAGAGCUGUGGCUAAAUUUUCAAGUCGCGGGGUAAAUGCAAUUAGUAGAAGGGGAAUUGUACUGAGCUAGGAAUUAGUUCUUUUGGUUCUGUUUCCUUUUUGUUUCCUAUAAGAGAAGCCAGGGCUCAUGCACAUAGUACCCAGGUAAAAUCCCCAGCCCCCCCUGGCUCAUAGUGAUGUCCAGCCCUGUAUCUUCCAGUGAACUUACACCUUAUGCAAAUCUGUGUCUUACAAUUUAUUAUCUUUUACACAAGAUGUUCUCAGGUUUUGAUUGGUUUGUAUUAAUCUGUCAGCUAAUAAUUCAGCUUGCUUAUGAUGUGGAGAAUGAAACAAUGUUAUGCAAUAUUGGAUUAUGUAUUAACAUUACCGAUCUCAGCAUUUAAUGACACUCUUAUUGGUCUUCAUUACUAUAAUAGAAAGAAAUUAUGCCCUUUUUUCAGGAAACCCUUAAUUUAUUAUUAAUAAUUAUUAUUAUAAAGCUGAUGUAAAGGGAUGUAUAUUUUUAACUGCUUAUCUAAAUAAAAUAUGAAAAUAAUUAAUUUUUUUGUUAACUGAGGUUGAAACUUAUGAGAAGUACAAGCAUGUAAUUGUGAUAACUGCAGUGAUUAACUGGUCAUAUUAAGUUUUUCAUUUUUUUUGUUUUCCCUAUAACAGAUGAAGGAUUCCAUCUUAAGCAUGAGACAGCAAUGUUGUUGUCCAUGGCUAACAGAGGUCCAAACACUAAUGGUUCUCAGUUUUUUAUGUAAGUAUUUGAUCUUUUAAGAGAUAGAAAGCACCCUAUAAAUUUGAAACCAAGUAUAAAAUUCCACUGCAUCAUGCAUGUAGAUGUGUAGUGUAAGUCAGGUCCUGAUCACUCAAAGAUUGGAUACAAGUCAUGUGGUGCUAUCCACUGUAUAAAUUAAUUAUCGCUAUGGAGUGGUUAUAGUGUCAUGAAAUCCAAUUGCCUUGCUUUUCUAAUUUACCUGAUGAAUAGCAUUACCCACCUUCUGAGCAACUGGGCACUGUUAACUUAAUUACACUGACAAAAAUGGUUCGGUUCUUUUUUGAAUUUCCUGCUGUUGUCUAAUUUUCCCCGUCUUUAAUUCUCAACUCCUUCCUUUUCUCAAGGCCCCAGGUUCAAGUUUAAAAGGUGGUUUAUGUACUUCAAUGUAUCAACUUGAUAAUAUUAAUCUCUAAUCCAGUCGUUGAUCCAGUUGUUUUCCCUAAUUAAUGUUUAUCCACUGGAUAUUAAUUUAUCUGCUAAAUAUCACCUGAUCCAAGGAGUGAACAACUUGGGUCAGAUUUCAGGUCUUCCAAGGUAAAAUGGCAUCUCUGUGAUACAUAACAAUAUUGUAGUGUGAAUAAAGACAAAGUUUUAAUGUUUUAAGUUUUUAUAGUGUGUUUAUUUUGCUUUUCACAGAACAACUCAGCCUGCCCCACAUCUUGAUGGGUAAGUUUUCUUUUAACUUGAUUCAGCUGUUCUUACUGAUAGAAAGGAAAUUUCUGUUAGCAUUAUGACAUUAUUGGUACAGACAAGACAGUGUUUCACAUGGUUUCAUUUUUUCAAUUUCAGUACACAAAUAUAAAAAAGGGCAUCAAAUUUUGCGAUAUUAUUUUUCAAACAUCUGAAUUUUUAAAAGAUAUCAAGAUAAACUGUAACAAACAAAAUGGAUAUUAACAUUAUUCCACAACAGAUUAAAAAUUACCAGUAAAACCAGUUAAUAAUUUGUUGUCGAUACACCUAGGCUCUACAGUAGAAACAGUUGUUGUUAUUAAAUCUUAAAAUCGUUUUUAUAUGAUUUGAAUUUUCUGUGGGUAUCAAAUAUUAAAAUUUUUUGCAUGUUAUCAUUUUGUGAGGAUAUUUUAUUCGCUCAAACAAAUUGCGUGAAAUAAAAAAAAUGCGAAAUUAAGUAAUGACAUUGUACAUGACUUGUGUACAUAUGCAUUAUUCUUUGUUGCAGUGCCACUCAAAAGCAAGUCACAGAUCAAUGAUUACCCACACUUCAAUUGUUUCUCUUGCUUAUAUUGUGGCAUAUUCUUGUUUUAUUUCUAGCAUUCAUGUGAUAUUUGGCCAUGUAUUGCAAGGUCAGGAAAUAGUAUCAGAGAUAGAGAUUCAAAGAGUUGAUGACAAGAGUAGGCCCCUAGUGGAUGUAAAGAUUAUCAACUGUGGUGAACUUAUUCCAAAAGCAAAGGCUAAAGGUACAGGAUAUGUUUCCACUGACUAAAUUUAUGUACAGGGCUCAGUGCUCUAGCAGCAGUGCUGCCUGCUGACCCCUGGCAUCAUACUUUAGCUCUUAGGUGAUGUCUUACUGUUAUUUGUUAACUUUCAGCUGCAGAGAAGAAGGCUGAAAAGAAAAGAAGGAAAUCUAAGCGACAUUCUGACAGCAGCUCCUCAGAUACUGACUCUUCAUCCAGUUCUGGAUCAGAAUCAGACAGUGAUCAGUCAUCAAUUGAUGAGCGGACGCAUAAAAAAGAAAAGAAGAAAAACGAUGAGUGAAUCUGUAAAACACAAGGAGAAGAAGAAAGCAAAGAAGAAAAAGAAAGAGAUAAAAGACAGGUAAGUGGCUGUAACUACACCACAAAUACAUCAAUACACAAACAUUUAAUAAAUACAUACAAAAAAUGCAAAUAUGAUAAAAAUGAAUACUGUGACUAAAAUAAUUAAUGACUUAAUUAAAACAUGAAUGCAUAUACAUAUAAUUUCAAAAAUUAACAUUGUUCGCAAAAAGUACAUCAUUCAAUAAUUCAUUCAUUACACUAAAAUGACAACAUGUACAUGUAGAUAGAUUUAGUUGAGUAGCAAAAAGCACUGAUAGAGCCACUGUGCCGAGUGCAGAGCAUAACCAUGGCAACCAACAUGUUGAAUUUCAAAGAAAUUGAGUGAGUAAGGGCAAGUCAAAGGGGUCAAAGGGGUCAAAGAGGUCAAAGAGGUGAAAGAGGUUAGGGAGAAAGUAGCCUGUCGUAGGAAGCCUUUUUUUGUGGUUUCAGAGUAAAGAAAGACGAGGGAAUGACAUGGAACAGGAUUUUUGGUUUUGGCCGAAGCAAAAAUGGAACAAGAGCAAACUCUUGCUAUGCAGGCUAGGGAGAAAGAAGAGAUCACAAUAUAAAUGUAUUAUUUUUUCCCCCCCCCCCCCCCCCCCCCCCCGCCUCUUACUACCUUUUUCACCCCACACCUACCCGAGGGUUGCUAUUUCUACUCUGCCCUGUCUUUCUCAGUGGUCAAAGAUGGCAGCCAUGGCAAUGCAGACAAGCAGUUUUUGCCCACCUUAAAAAUUUGCCUGCAUUGUUGGCUUCCCUGAGAGUACUUACACAUACCUCGCACUAACCCAGGGUUAUCUUAACCCAGCUUUGAACAAACCUGGCCAAGUAAGUGAUAAGCAAAGGAAUCUGUGGCUACGUGUGAGGUCCCAUAUUACAUCAUAAUGUUGCUUUUACGCCCCCUUCCCUGUUAGUGAAAUAUUGACACUAAUAUCAGCAAUUAAUUUGAAUUCCAGUCCAGGAGAUGUUAAACCAAAGAGUCUUGAACCUUUUAGUUCAGUGGCUGUGGAUGAGAUCCCAGAUGUUCCCAAUAAUUCUUUUCUAUUGAGAAGAAGCCGCACCCCCUCCCCUGUCAGGGAAAAGAGGCUUCAGCAGGCAAAAAAUAGGUAUGUUUCCUCUGAGGUACACCUGACCUUAAUCAUUUCUACGAGAGCUGGGCUCAUUCCCUUUUCGGUGCAUAAUUAUCAUGAAUUAGGAUUUUUUGAGCAUGUAAGUCCAUACUAAAUUUGCAAAUGAUAAAUUUUGCCCAAGGUAAAGCUCUUUCGUUGUUCAAAGCUCUGAGGUAUAUACUAAUAAAAUUAAUUGUGACGUACAAAAGUACUUUGGAAUGGCAAGACAACUAGAUUUCAUCCACGGACUCAAAACUAAGAACUGCAUUUCAUCCAACGUGCCUGAUUACACACUAAGGAAAUGGUACCAUGUGAAAGUACUACUGAUGGAAGAGGUUUCAUUUGAAUGGUCACACCAUAGGAUUUCAUCCACAGACUCAAAAAUUAAAACUACAUAUUACCAUGUGAUAGCACUGCUGAAUUGAUUCUGAUGGCAAAUGGUUCAAAAAAAGUUGUUCAGAUGUUGAGAGAUAGAUGGCAGCAGUAUCUUCAAGUUGUUUAUAUUAUUUUCUGUUUGUAUGACCACAGGAAAAGUAAGUCUCCUCUAGGGUAUAAAGCUCCGCCUCAAAGUGAUUCACAGCAAAGGACCAGGGUAUGUACACCUGCUGAAAUGAUAUUCUUUGGGAGAUCAGUAGACCUUAUUUCAUUGUAUCCACUAUCUUCGCAUGCACUUCAGUACUUAUUAAUCACGUGACAUUGCAUUUAUCCCAUCAACCCUUGAACGCGUGCAAAGAUGGUGGUUGUUGUGAAUAAGGUCUAUAUCUUCAACAGAACAUAUCCUUAAUUAUUAAUAAAACAAUUACAUCCGAGUCUCUUGGUUCUUAGAAUGAACCUCGGAUUCGGUGGGUAACUAUUUUUCUUUCUUUUAACACAGUUAUAAAACUUUGUACCCUCUAUCAUCUAUCUCUGUCUGCUUUUCUUAUCGGCAGGUUUCCAGGUCGGGAAGGAUUCUACGAGGACGAGGAAAUAUGGUGAGGAAAUUCCCAGGGUAUUAGUUUAAACUUCCUUACGAGAAAAACAAUACACCAGGAGGAAAGGAAAUAUCACUAAGUAAUGAAUCAUUUAGAAGCGGUCAGGAGACAAAACAAGGCAAAGCACAUCUCUGAAAACCCACUACAGUGUACCCCCCUUCCCCCUUCCACCCCCCUAAGCAAAGAACCUGGCCCGAGGCUACUCAAUCGUUAGAAAUUCCAUUUGGCAGGGUUUGAAACAGAACUUAAUCACAUGAUUUUUAUUUUUCAGCGGUAUCGCACACCCCCGCCUUCUUCUCCGGAUGGAACGCGGAACAUUUCGCGCCGUUUUUCUCCACCUUUGGUGGCUCGGUUAAGGUCUCCACGCAGGCGUACGACGACUCCUAUGCGUAGUGCGCGAUCACCCUUUAGACAGUCGAGCUCUUCUCGAGAACGCUUUAGAUCUCCCCGUCGACGCUCGAAUUCUCCUCGAAGACGCCCGAUGUCUUCUCGACGGCGCUCGAAGUCUCCACAAAAACAAUCAAAUUCCUCUCAGAGACGCUCGCUUUCACCUCAAAGACCCCCGAUGUCUUCUCGACGACGGUCGAAGUCCCCACGAAAACACUCAAAUUCCCCACAGAGAUGCUUGCCGUCUCCACGGAGACACUCGGGGUCUCCGCGACAGCGCUCGAGAUCUCCACGAAGACAUUCGAAGUCCCCACCAUCACAGUUACUUCAGAGAACAGACAGCAAACAGCAUAUGAAAGACCGUGAAUCAGCGGAAAGAAUAAUGAAACAGAGCUACUCAGUAAGAGAUGGUAAAAGCAGUGAUAAAUUUGCAACAGUUGAAACACGAGGUGAAAGGAACUCAAAUGAUGAAAAAGCUAACGAAUGUUCACCUACAACUGAAGAGCGCUUUCCAGAAAGGCGACGGGAAGAAGACGGAAAGACCUUUUCUAAUGAAGGCUAUGCAAGGUCAAAGUUUGUUUCAAUCAAUGAAACUCGCAGUCACAGGAGAGGAGAAAAAACUAGCAGUAAUAGCGACAGUGAGGAAUUUGAACAAGAAAGUCGAGACAUUUUAUACAGAUCGGAAAAACAGAGCCAUCUUGCGCGUAAAGAAGACACCAGGGACAUACGGAAACCAAGUUCAUACUCGAAAGGUGACGAACAGACAUGGAGAAGCUUAGCUCGUGAUUAUGAGUUUGAAGAAGGUCAUGGAACUUUGGAGGCACAAAGUUAUGCACCCAUUCCAUUAAGCAAAGAACGUGAAAAUAACCGAGAACGUCUACAAUGUCGCGGUAAAAAUAACGAUGAACGGAUUUCUCCAAACGAAGAAAGCGCAGGCAGUGAAUAA